AAGCCUUUGCACAGCACAGUUAUCUACAAAUUCAUGAAAGAAGCCAUACUGGAGAGAAACCCUAUAAAUGUAAUCAGUGUGGUAAAGCCUUUGUUUUUCAGAGCUAUCUACAAAUGCAUGAAAGAAGCCAUACUGGAGAGAAACCCUAUAAAUGUAAUCAGUGUGGUAAAGCCUUUGCACAGCACAGUUAUCUACAAAUUCAUGAAAGAAGCCAUACUGGAGAGAAACCCUAUAAAUGUAAUCAGUGUGGUAAAGCCUUUGUUUUUCAGAGCUAUCUACAAAUGCAUGAAAGAAGCCAUACUGGAGAGAAACCCUAUAAAUGUAAUCAGUGUGGUAAAGGCUUUGCACAGCACAGUUAUCUACAAAUUCAUGAAAGAAGCCAUACUGGAGAGAAACCCUAUAAAUGUAAUCAGUGUGGUAAAGCCUUUGCACAGCACAGUUAUCUACAAAUUCAUGAAAGAAGCCAUACUGGAGAGAAACCAUAUGAGUGUAAUCAGUGUGGUAAAGCCUUUGCUUAUCACAGUUCUCUAAAAAUGCAUGAAAGAAACCAUACUGGAGAGAAACCCUAUAAAUGUAAUCAGUGUGGUAAAGCCUUUGUUUAUCACAGUUAUCUACAAAUUCAUGAAAGAAGCCAUACUGGAGAGAAACCCUAUAAAUGUAAUCAGUGUGGUAAAGCCUUUGCACUUCAUAGUAAUCUACAAAGGCAUGAAAGAAACCAUACUGGAGAGAAACCAUAUGAGUGUAAUCAGUGUGGUAAAGCCUUUGCACAGCACAGUUCUCUAAAAAUGCAUGAAAGAAACCAUACUGGAGAGAAGCCCUAUAAAUGUAAUCAGUGUGGUAAAGCCUUUGUUUAUCACAGUUAUCUACAAAUUCAUGAAAGAAGCCAUACUGGAGAGAAACCCUAUAAAUGUAAUCAGUGUGGUAAAGCCUUUGCACUUCAUAGUCAUCUACAAAGGCAUGAAAGAACCCAUACUAGAAAGAAACAUUAUGAAUGUAAUUAGUGUGGUAAAGCCUUUGUUUAUCAUAGUCAUCUUCAAAGACAUGAACUAACACAUGCUGGAGAGAAACCCUAUGAAUGUAAUGAGUGUGGUAAAGCCUUUUCACUUCACAGUACUCUUCAAAUGCAUAAAAGAUCACACACUGGAGAUAAACUCUAUGAAUGUAAUCAGUGUGGUAAAACCUUUGCAUAUAUGAAUAAUCUAAAUCAUGAGAAAAAAUUCAUACUGCAGAGAAACCCUAUAAAUGUAGCCAGUGUGAUAAAGUUUUGUACUUUAUAUAAGAGUAAAACUUUUUGUUGCAACAAUCUGUUAAAAUCUUUGCAUAUUGCAAUAGACAUUGACAACCUGAAAAAGAUACUGAGGACUUCUUAUUAUAAAGUAUUUGGUAAGAUUUUUAGCCAAAACACUUAUAAUCAGCUACACAAUGAUUUGGGAUUCCCCUCUGUAUUCUGUGAAUGUAUUUUGUUACCUUGUUUAAUAAAGAAGCUGCUUUGGGUCUCUGGCAGGGCAGAAUAGAGCAAGGCAGGAAUUCCAAGCAGAGAUAGAG